CCUCAGAAAGCUUUAACCCUAUUUUUCUCUACAUCAUCGUCCCACGCAAUUUCUCCUCUCAUUCCUUUCUUUGUGGGUUUAUAUUUAUUCCUCACAAAGUUAACAUUUUUAGACUCAAAACCAAUUCUUUUUUGCCAUCUUCCUCUGUUUCUUGUCUCUUUGGGUUAUCUUAGAUUCUCACCAAAAAAAAGUCUCUCUCUCUCUUUCUCUCUUUCCAUGGCUUCUUCUCUUCAUCUCCAUCUUCUUUUGUCUCUUUCUCUUUUAGUUCUUGCUUCAGCUGCUCCUUCCCCUUCUCCUUCUCCUUCUCCAUCUGAUGAAGGUGCUUAUAUUGGAGUUAACAUAGGGACAGAUCUUUCUGAUAUGCCACAUCCAACACAAGUUGUUGCUCUUCUAAAAGCUCAACAAAUCCGACAUAUUCGUCUUUACGAUGCUGAUCCUGGGAUGUUAGUUGCUUUAGCAAACAGUGCAAUCAAAGUUAUCAUCUCAAUUCCUAAUGACCAGCUUCUUGGCAUUGGUCAGUCCAAUUCUACUGCGGCGAAUUGGGUUAAACGCAAUGUCAUUGCGCAUUACCCUGCCACGACUAUUAUCGCCAUUUCUGUUGGCUCGGAUGUGCUAACUAGUCUCUCUAAUGCAGCACCUGUUCUUGUCAGUGCUAUAAAGAACGUUCAUGCUGCUUUACUCUCGGCGAAUCUUGACCGGUUGAUUAAAGUUUCGACUCCUUUAUCUACUGCUUUGAUUCUUGAUCCUUUUCCUCCUUCGCAAGCCUUCUUUAACCGUUCCUUGAAUGCGGUUAUAGUCCCGUUACUAAGCUUCUUGCAGUCUACAAAUUCGUACCUGAUGAUGAAUGUGUAUCCUUACUAUGACUAUAUGGAAUCAAAUGGAGUGAUUCCUCUAGACUACGCGCUGUUCAAACCGAUUCCUCCUAAUAAAGAAGCUGUUGAUGCCAACACACUUGUUCGCUACUCAAACGCCUUUGAUGCAAUGAUUGAUGCGACGUAUUUCGCUAUGGCUUUUCUAAACUUCACAAACAUUCCGGUUUUGGUAACCGAGUCAGGCUGGCCUUCGAAAGGUGAGACCAAUGAGCCUGAUGCUACACUUGAUAACGCCAACACUUACAACAGCAACCUCAUCAGACAUGUUCUCAACAAGACGGGAACUCCUAAGCGCCCAGGAAUCGCUGUGAGUACUUACAUUUACGAGCUCUAUAACGAAGAUACAAAAGCAGGAUCUUUAUCAGAAAAGAAUUGGGGGUUGUUUAAUGCAAAUGGUGACCCUGCUUACAUACUCCGGUUGACUAACUCGGGCUCGGUUCUAGCUAACGAUACAACGAACCAGACUUACUGUACUGCAAGAGAAGGUGCUGAUCCAAAAAUGGUUCAGGCAGCUCUUGAUUGGGCUUGUGGCCCUGGAAAGAUAGAUUGUUCACCUAUUAAGCAAGGAGAGGCUUGUUAUGAACCGGAUAAUGUGAUCGCGCAUGCUAACUACGCGUUUGAUACAUAUUAUCAUCAGACUGGGAAUAAUCCUGAUGCUUGUAACUUCAAUGGAGUUGCUAGUAUCACUACCACAGAUCCUAGUCAUGGUACAUGUGUGUUUGUAGGAAGCGGCGUUAAUGGUAGAAACGGGACGUCUGUGAACAUAACUGCACCAUCUGCAAAUUCGACGACGAGCUCUGGAAUACAGAACGAAUUGUAUUACAGUCGCGGUCUAUGGAGCAUUUUCACAGUGAUAAUUUUGAACGUUGCUAAUGUGUUCUUGUGAGAAGUAUUUUAAACUUUCCUUAGGGUGGGAUUGGGAGUUAGAGUUGAGAGAUCGUUUGUGUUGGAUUCGAUUUUUUGUACACAACAAAAAAACCAAGAAAACAUUCUAUUUGGUCUCU